UUUAUACGUGUUCCGAUGAUCACGUAUUGAUACGAGUAUUGCUAGAUUUUAAACCGUUUUUGAUUCCGGGUUGCGAGAGUGAAUAUUGCGAAUGGAACAAAUUUAAAGAAAUUCUUGGUGAUAAGAUUGGGUGUGAUUUUGAAAAGAUGUGCGAUUAUCCUUAA